AGGCCAAUUGGAAAGCUCAUACUGAGAGUCUUGAGCAUCGGAAAAACACCAGUGCAGUUCAGAACAAUCGAAUGCUCACCUCUUUUUUCCAGCCAAAAAGUGUAAGUAUGCAAUCAGUUGCUGUCGCUGGCCCUGCAAAAGCUUGGCAGCCUGUAACUGGCACUGGUGAGGCACAAAUUGCCAAACUCAGUGCUGCACCAGCAAGCAAACAGCUGCCAUCGUGCAAUGAUAAUGUCAUUGACAUUGAAGCACGAGAACUGGCGAAUACGUCUUAUGCGAGAUUCGACUUGCGAGAGGCGCCGGAGGUUCCGAAGUUGUCGACAUCAGUCGCUCGCGCUGCCCGAAUCUUGUACAAACACCCCGCUUCAUUGCCCGUAUUGCGACAGUGAUGCUGCUCCAGUGUGGAAAUACUCGCUGUCACGUCACAUUGAUAUACUGCACCCAUCAGCGAAUAAGACACGCUUCGAAGAAUUGUGGAGAAUUGACAACGAAGAGAGCACACAAAUAUCAACAAAAUUCAAAAUGAAGGCUCGGAAACGAAAGCAAAUGACAGCGACAUCGAUGCUGCGGAUUUCUGAAGAGCACAGUUCAAGAGUGGCAUUACGACAACAACGGACAACGGACCACUACACCACUGAGUCUGUGGCUGACUCCGAAUCGGCACAAACAUCUCUUGCUCAAUCAUCAUCUGCCAUAUUACUUGGUAAACGUCUGCGAGGUUUGUCUGAUGCGAGUGAUAGUCAAGCCGUACCUUCUGCACCAAAACCUCGUCUCACCAUCAAGAUUCGUCCCUCAGCAGCACGCCUCAGCUUGGUUCAAGUGAAGAAUCGUGUCAUUCCAGACUCGGAUGCAGACACUCAGCCUGAUGACCCAUUCCAAGAUGAAUUUUGCUGGUGUCGAGGGCCGGAGUCCGGAGAAAUGGUCCAAUGCAGUUUUGAUAGCUGUAAUGAAUGGUUUCAUUUUGAAUGUGUUGGUUUGCUUGAUGCUCCAGAGGCAGAUUGGUUCUGCAGUGAUAUGUGCAGGAGCAACACCAGCUCUCAGAAGAAGACAAAGUAAUGUUUUUAUAAAUCUAAAAGUCGUAUAUACGAUGCCUAGGAUGUUUGGCAAUACAUUGUUCGUUGCUCGUCCGCUGUUGGUGCCGCAGAACUUACCAAAUUUGGUAUACCCCUGGGCGUGGGAAAUUCCUACGGGAGAGGGUCUGGGAGGGUCUUAACGAUGU